GCCGAUCGGUUGACGGGCCUAGCACGCCCGUACACACAGUAGGGUCGGAGACGGACCAUCCCAGCAGUCGGGCCACACGGCUCGUAAAUAAGGCCAUCCAAGGGGAGCAGCUCGUUCCCUCGUCGAUACGAUCAAGUUCGAGCCCCGCCGCCGAGGACGCAACCAGCGUACUCAUCCCUGUCUGUCGCCAUAUAUGGCUGGAGACCGCGGCCACCUCGAUCCGUCCCGCAAGCGCGCUCCCGUGGACGCGGACCGGCUGAGCGACCUGCCGGACUGCCUCCUGGAGGACAUCCUCUCGCGCCUCGGGUCCCUGCAGGCCGUGCGGACGAGCGCGCUGUCCCGGCGCUGGCGGCACGUCUGGCGCUCCGUGCGCUGCGUCGACAUCGACCAGCGGGAGUUCCCCGGCAGCGGCCAUCCCGGCUCCCGCCAAUACCAGCGCUUCGAGGACUUCGCCGACACCAUGCUGCCGUGGCCUCCCGGCGCCGCGCAGCCGCCUCUGGACACGUUCCGCCUCCACUUCGCCGAUGCCAUGAACAGGGUGGCCAUGAACACUACGAGCUUUGGGAGGUGGAUCCGGCGCGGCCUCACGCGCCGCCCGGCCACCGUCGACCUCCAGUGCGGCUACGCCAAUGACUGCAUCCUGUGGCCGCCCCAGCACGUAGACAUGGGCGCCGCCGCCUGCCGCCUGACGAGGCUCCGGCUCUCCGGCGUGACGCUAGGAUUCUGCUCCCGGGAGGAGAUUGGCGGCCAGUUGCCGGUCCUCGAGGACCUGCACCUCGACAACUGCCACUACCACGGGGUCCUCACCAUUGCCUCGCCCACGCUCAAGAGCCUCGCAGUCACAAGUAAUUCGGUCAGUUACUUUACUGACACGGUGGCCAUCGCGGCUCCUCGCCUCGCCUCCCUCCGUCUCGUCCUUCCGUUCGGCCGCGACGGCAGGACCUCGGUGGUGACCAAAGCUCCAGGAAACGAGGCGCUGCCAUCGCUUGUCGAGGCGUCCAUCUGUCUAAACGAUAUGGACCAACGGGCUUACAAAGCCAAGCUCCCGUUCCUGAGAUCCAUGUGCAGCUUCCUCGGCCGACUAACCAAUGUCACGAAAUUAGAACUCUCGGGGUUCACAACCACGGCAUUGCUGGACCAUGAGUCUCAAGAUUUUCCGGUCCUCGAAAACCUAAGAACCUUGCUUCUCGACGGUUGUGAUAUUGGAGCAAUCAACCUCCAAGUGUUGAUGAAAAUCCUUGAGAACACCCCUAAUUUGGAGAAGCUCCGAUUGCACCGCUGCAAGGCACAUGCCUCUUUUUAAUUGCACUCUACACUUUAGCUCUUUGUGUCUUGUACACCUGAGACAAAAAUCUUGUACACAACAGUUUUUAGGUCAUCCGAAGAGGAGCAAAGGGAAGGCAGGGCCGAAAAGGACACGUCCCAACCAAUGUGUUUCAACACUUGCUCGACACAAGAAACUGAACUCAAUAGAAAUCAAGUACCAACCACAUGAUCAAGCUCGCUUGAAAGAGUUUUUCGCAAAAUAUGUGAAUGAAACGCCAAAGAAAAUGCAGUUGUGGCGAGUUUACAGGAAUUUGAGCAUUCCAAGAGUAAAUGCGGGAGGAGGAGAUCAGGUUUCAACAGCUGCUCGUGUUACACCGGUUCAAGAGUCUACUCUAUAUUUGCGCCGCACCAUCCCGCGGGAUCCAGCAGUGGCAAACCACAGGAGAGAUUCAACAUAGCCAUGCAUGGUGGUGUGUUAGAAUAAGAAAAUAUGUAUUUUUCUAUUUUGUUGUAUUUUAUUGUACUAUAUUGUAUUGUAUUGUGGCUUGUGGUGCCAGGAGCUCGUUCAAGUAGCACGUGAAGGUUGAUACCCGACCACUCAUAUUUCACUUGAAUGGAGAAAAUACCUUAGUAUUUUUCAUAGCACCCAUCAGCAUUUACGACGUCUUAUAGUGAAGGUCUUG